GUGAUUAGUGAAACAUGUGAUUAUUGAGCGACUACAAAACGAUCCAUUUUAGCGACAAAUAUGGCAAUCCUAUUGCAAAUAACGCUAACUCUACUGGCAGCAGUUACCGGAUAUUGCUGUUUGGACACAGAUGGAAGUGAUGGUGGUCUAGCCAAAAUCAUCCAAGAUUGUGAGUGGAUUAGUAGACAGCAUGUGAUCUCGGAUAUCUUGCUGGAUCGAUACCGGAAGUAUGCUAUGUACAACUUUUUCCUGCUGGAUGAUGUGUGCGCCGUGUACGAGUGGAAUAAAAACCUAAAGGACCCGGAAUACAACGAGAAUAAUGAAGUCGAGGAUAGAAGUUCAUCAAGUACACGAAUCCAUCAAGAACAAAUCCCAGGCGUUGAUCAUCAACCGCCACCAGGAUUCAACCGUCCCGUCAACUCAACGUGCACUAAAAGUGCUAAGGACUUCUACAUCUGCCUAUCAAACCAAUUGGGUGAUCCAACGUUAGACGUAAUGAUACAAGAUAACCUGGAGGUAACAUGUGACCCACGGUACUCUUCAACAGUGGCCCAAAAGCGUAACUCCAAAUACGUCUCGAAGCAAAAGUUCUUUUCUUGGGGUGGCAAACGGAACAACGCCAAUGUGUUCUAUCCUUGGGGAGGAAAACGAAACACAGGUCGGGUACACCUACAGCCCAAGGUCGUCAUACGAAACCCAUUCCACGCUUGGGGUGGUAAACGCAAUCAACAGGACGAGAUUUAACUUUAAAUCACCCCUAUGAAGGUCUUGAUUCUCCUCUCGGAUGCGGCAGGGUGAGCCCCACAUUUGAAAGCGGGACAAGGUCUAGGAGUUUUUAGUCUAUUUUGUUGCAAUGAUAAUUGAAUCAGUUUGUCAGUGCAUGUUCCAGUUUCAUUAUUAACGAAAGCAAAUAAAACUAUGGUAAGCGCAAAGAACAUUGAAAAAUUAC